UCUAGUGUUCCAUAUCUACUGUUUGUUUAUUUAGCUUUUACUAUAAGUAUUUUAUGCCGCCAGCUUUACAAAGCAUAAGUUUUGCCAUUAAAAGAUUGAUAGUGAUCUAGAAAUUCCUCCUUUGCCACCUAUGGAUUCUGUACUGGAUAAGAAACUACUUGGCUUUCGACAAAUAGCCCAGGAAAAGUUGCAGCACAUUCUCUGCUCGAUACCACUGGACAAGGAUUUGGUCAUCGAACCGGCAUUAAUCAAACCACUGGAGCACAUCGUUGGUGCAUCCUGGCUCAAAAAUAAAGGAAUCGACAAAAUCUUUAAAUUUGACCCAAAAAAUGCCCAACCGAAACGGAAACAGUUCGUCUACUUCAUCGCCUGCAAUCUGAUAACGUUCAAAAGUGUUCUCGAUCAGAUCAGCAGUUACCAGAGCCAGAUGUCAACCAGCUUGAUGGUGGCCGAAGCGGACAAGGGCAGUAAACAGUACCACGUCGUCGUUUUCCCGCUGGUACUGGCUAGCUUCGAGCAACUCCUCGAAGAAGAAGGUCUCUAUGGAUCGGUUGAUUUGUACAGCUUCCAGUGGGAUUUCAUAGCGCUCGAUCAGGGACUGCUGAGCUUGGAGUUGCCGAACGUUUUCGCCGAUGUUUUCGUACGACAGGAUUGCUCUACGCUCGGAUCCGUUGCACAAAGUUUAAGGAUUUUUAAUAUGGUGAUGGGUAGACCCAAUCUGGUGUUCAGUUUGGGUAGCAACUCUGAAAAAGUUAUUCAAAUGAUGCAGAGGAUCGAAGCUGGUAGAACGACCGUUAAUGAAGAGGAAAAACAAGCUCCCGAUUUCAGUGCAAUGCUGAUCGUUGAUAGAGACAGAGAUUAUCCGUCCUGUUUGUUGACACCGGUGGUUUAUUCCGGUUUACUGUUAGAAAUACACAAAUUCAAUUCGGGUUCACUAACCAUCGAUUCGACUGGCAAUAAGAUUAAAAAUGAAAAAUUAACAAUUUUACAAAAUGAGCAUGAUAAAAAGCAGAAACAGGAAAUAACUCAUCUAAGAAUGAACGGAUCACAAGAUUUUAUCUAUCAGGAAAAUCGAUAUCGACAUUUUUCUGAAGUUAUUGGUCUUUUGAGCGCGCAAGCUAAAACACUCGGGUUAGAGGGCAAAAUGUACUCGAGAGAUAUGAAGUUAUCGGAGAUGAAAGAUUAUGUUACCAAUAAACUCCCAAAAGUGGCAGCUCAGAAAAAAGAACUCUUCAAACAUUUGCUUCUCUGCGAGACAAUAGUGGAAGAAAUUGGAGGGAACUUCGAAAAGCUACAACUCAUCGAAGAGAGCAUUCUAACAAAUACCAAUCGGAAACAAAUCUUAUCGUACAUCGAUGAACAACUGGCAGCGGACGCUCACAAGUACAACACCCUACGACUGAUCUGCUUGUAUCACGUCACGAUUGGUUUAACCAGCGAGGAUAUGACAAAACUGAUGACUGCUUAUCUGAAUGCAUUUGGUUAUCAACUUUUGACGGUCUUUAAUAGCCUGUACCAAGCAAGACUCUUUCCAGACACGACAAACUUGACCAAGACGAAAAAAUUGUCGCAAAUAUCGAUCCCGAUCCUUAAAUCACCAUUUCAGAUCGAAGCCAACAAGUUGAAGUUGCUGCCAAGUGAUUCAAAUCAAACCUCUGAAUUGGCGGUUUCUCCCGGCAGUCAAACGAAUCCAAUCAGUGCAGGUGGUAGCAGCAAACAGUGCCCUAGUUACGUAUUCAAUGGGAACUACAUUCCACUGGUCGCCCAGCUUUGCCAAAUGAUACUGACUGCGUCAGGUUUCGACGAUCUUAACAACCGGUUCGGGCAUCUCGAACGAAUGAAAUUAUCCGGCAGAAAUUUUGGACCCAAGACAAUCCGUGAACUGUCGAUUACUAGUGCAAAAGGGGAGGUGAAUCAGUUACUGCCGCUGAAGGGAAAGCCGAUUUUUGUCUUUAUGAUCGGUGGUAUCACAUAUGCCGAAAUUGCAGCCUGCCGCCUGGUGGAGAGCUUAACCGGUGGGAAAAUUGUACUCGCCUCGGAUUCCGUUCAGUCCGGAUGUGAUAUAAUCGACAGUAUUGUGGGAUGUUGAU